CAAAGCAAAUCCCAGACGUCCCAUCAAUCGAGCAUUGGAGAACACGACAACGCACCCAAAGCCAUUCGGUCCCUAAACUUACGAGAUCAGGAGAAGAGAUAUAAAGACCUUCGCAUUCAAGUGUCUCUCUAGAAGCAGCCUAUCUCCCACCAAAAUGACCGAGAAAAAAGCCCUCAGCAUCGACCCAAACGAAUACCCCUACCUCAGCCAAGUAGACAAGCUAAAGUUCAGCUACCCCGCCCUCGGCGUCCUCGUCCACCGGUUGCUCAACAAAAACGAGGAAGGCCGGCAAAUCGUCGCCCGCUACUGCGAAGAGCAGAACGGCAAGCGUCCACCCGGUCGCUGCUGCGUGCUGGAAUUCCGGACGCCGGCUGCUGCCACGGGAGAUGCGUGGGUGCGCAAGGAGUAUCUCAACGAUGAGGUCAGCAUGCGGAAAUACCUCGAGAAGCACAGUCCCGUAGCCGCGGGGAGGAAGAACGCAUCACAUGACGACGACGACGACGACUGCCAUCACCGACUGUACAUCCUCGAAGACCUGGCGCCGGAAUACGUCGACCUCUUGGGCAAGCAUCUGCGUGUAGAUCCGCUCGUUUUCGCAUCCCAGAUCAAUUCGUGGAGAUUCUCGAACACGGGGACGGUCGGGCAGCGGACGCUGCCGUCGCUCAGCGACGCGCGGCAGGCGUUCACGGUGCGCUAUCCCGAGCUCCGGAGCUUCAGGAAUAUCCUGGAUGACUGGCGGUGGACGUUUGCGGUGAACAGGAGGAAGAUCGACCCCUGGUUUCCGAUCGAGGGGGGACGGGUGGAUAUGAACGACGAGGUUGCGCUGGUCAGACGGUGUGUGUCGUUCUGGGUCGAUAAUCCGCGGUCGGCUGCGGAUGGGUGGAAUGCGUUGCUCUUGGUCGAUCCGCCGGUUGAUGCGUAUAAGGAUCCAGUCGUCCGCGACGCCAGAGGAGGUAUGGUGACCUACCGCGUCCUGAAGAAGCAGCCUCGCGCAAAGAACCAGAAAGACCUCCACUACGAAGCAGCCCUGCACUCCAGCCGGCCCUUCCACUUCGGGCACCCAGACCCCCUACCCAUCUCGCAGGCGCUAAAAUUCACCGCCGCCGGCUCCAGCACCGGCAAGCCCGUGUACCGCAAGAAAGCCUCCCUCUUCGACGAAACGAUCCUGUAUUGGACGCAAAACGACAACUCCGCCCUGAUACUCUCCGCGCUAGAAAGCCCAUGCAACGCCUCAUUCUACGCGCUAAAAAUCGCCGCCUACCACUGGACCAACCUGCUCGAGCUGAUCCUGCUGACGCUCAACCAGGGCGAGUUCGUCGCCGACGAGGAGCGCCACCCCGCGCGCUACGUCAGCGAGCUGUUCGCCAACAACCACGCGCUGUGGAAGCGCAAGAUCGCCGGGCUCUACGAGGCCAUCUGGUACUUCAACAUCUUCCGCCGCCGCCUGGCGUUCUUCGAGGACGAUCUCGACCUCGCCCUCGAGCGCCUGAAUCCGCAUGAUGCCUACGUCGAUGGUCUCCCGUCAGCCCUGAGGGACGCGACGAUCGACUUCAAAGCCCUGCUCGCGCGGCUCAGGCUGUACAAAGCGCGCGCGGACGCGCUGGGCUCGACGGCGGAUGAGAUUGUUAACAUGCGCGGGGCGGCGAAGAGCCUGGACGAUAGCGCGUUCAACCUGCGUCUUGCGAUCUUCGCCGCAGUCGUGUUUCCGGGGACGUUUGUGGCUGCUAUUUUCGGGAUGUCGGAUGGGUUUAAGCCGGGCGACGGGCGGUUCUGGAUCUUUUGGGUGGUGUCGAUUCCACUGAUUGUGUUGAUGGUGGGGGUGGUUGCGGGAUGGGGCCGCCGGUUUGGCGAUCUGUGGCCGACUUUGUCGAGGAAUAAAGCGAGUAAGUGAGGGCGGGAAACAUGGUCUUCAUCCUGUGUAAAGAGGGCUCUUCGUCACGCCGACUCUCACGGGCGGUGGUGGUGGCUUUAAGCCAAAGGCCUUGCACCUCCGAGGGGU